CUAGAAUUAUAAAUAAACGUAUGUAAUUUAUUGCAAGUGAAAGUGUUAAUAAAGGGAAACGAUUUGUUGUCGGAGUGUCAUUGAAACAUCCAGGACUGCCUCAUGUGAAGGGAUGUCCGGCGAUGAGGCUGAACCAGCAUGUCAAGAUAUAUGGGGAGUCCCUUGCACUUUUCCCUGCUAUUCUUGUGCACAGAGAUGGUGUCGUUUGCCAAAUACAGUUUGGUUCCCACUGACGAGCCCAAGGAAAAUGACCCGCCCCCUCCAUCAACCUCGGGGGCCUUUGAUUAUAACUCGGCAUUCAGCUAUAAGUCUGCAUUUGACUACAACAAAUCCCCGAGUCAGUACCAGUCGGCAUUCGACUAUGGCUAUGGUCACAGGGCUCACUCAGUGUCCCUCAAUAUUGGGGAGAAGGGCAAUGCAAGUAAGAAGAGGAGGUUCAAAAAUCUGAGUGUGAUGGGAUGCCUGGCAGCCAUAGCCACAUGGCUCAGCUACUUCUUCAUCUGCCUCACUUUCCCAAUCACAUUGUGGUUCUGCUUCAAGAAGGUGGCCCAGUGGGAACGUCUCAUAGUGUUCCGCCUUGGCAGGCUUCGUGGAGUGUUGGGACCGGGCAUGGUUUUUGUUAUCCCAUGGCUUGACAAUUACACUCAGGUGGAUAUGAGGACCAAAGCUUUUUCUGUCCCACCACAACAGCUCAUCACAGCAGACAACGGGAUCAUAGAAAUGGGUUGUGAGGUGAAGUACCGGAUCAGUGAUGUGCAGCGGCUCACCACCUCCGUCACCUCCCCAGAGCAUGGCCUCAGGUCCUUUGGGAAAACUGUCCUACUUAAUGUCCUUACCAAGAACACUGUCAGGGAAACGGAAAGAGAUCGUCCCAUUAUUGCAGCACAAAUACAAAAGGAACUAAAUUUGAGAGUGCUUGAAUGGGGCAUUGAAAUUGGAGAAGUGACACUGAGCACUGUCAACAUCCUGAAGGAGGCUGAGCCCAACAACCCCCUCAAGCCCAUUAUGAGUUGCUUUGGAGGCAGUGGAGAUGGAGGAGCAGGCCAAGUGUUUGCCCCUCCAGGUGCCUCGGCCACAGCUGCUGCAGCAUCCUCAGUCUUCAACAUCCCUGGUUUGGGUAGCUUUGGGGACUUCAGUUUCCUUGGGUCCAGCUCCAAAAAGAAGUCAGAAGCUAUAGAUCAGCUGGAUAUGUCUGGCAACAACCUUCAGCACACAUCCCAACAGAAUUGUGAAGUCACCAGCAGCCGGUCACCACAGUCUAAGAUGGGGAGGCACCUGCAGGGGCUCAUCAGUGGAGCAGGUGGUGCAGAUUUGGCCCAUGGCAUCUACAGGUUGCAAGUGGAAGGCACAGAUGGUGGCAUCUUCAUUAUCUUUGUAGGCAAUGGAGUAAGACAGGUGGUGGAAGGGGACUUGCCUAAGGUCACCCCUGAUGUGGCAGUGACCAUAGCCAAGAAUGACCUUAUGGCAAUACUGGAAGGUUCAGUGGCACCCCUACAGGCAUACCUUUCAGGACAUCUCACUGUGCAGGGCAAUGUGCAGAUGUUAAUGGGUCUUGAAUCUCUUCGUCAGGGCAACAAAGAUAAGGAUGCUGACGAUAUUUUUAUUGUCUAAAGAUAAAAUUUUAAGACAAGCUGCUUACACCAAACAAGUUGAGUCAAGAAGUGUCAGUGAUUCAUUUUGAAUUACCACUCAUACACAUUUACUCCAAUGUAUUGUCUCAGAAACUGUUCCCGCUAGAUGAGUCAAUUCAUAUUGUCAUGUCGUAUUGUGUCACAUCAACUCACUGAUGGGGCUGGGUUAAUUUUCUUCAUCAGUUACUCCAAGUUCUUAGUGGUGUGAGCAUCAUGCAAGUUGAUAUCCUGAUGAAUUUUGUUCAAAAGCGUCCUACUGUGCAUGAUCUCAGUGAUCACAGUUACUGGGAUCAUGGCUACUCUGUGGAAGGAGAUUACUGCUGCAUUGAAUUAAGUGGUUCACUAAGUCUGGGAAUAAAUAACUAAGGUAAUAUUAGGGUUAUAUGCAAUAGUGCAUGUGUAGCCUUCGUCUUCAUCUCUUGUCACAUUGGCCCUUGAGCCUGUGGCAGGUGAUAACCCAUUCAUUACCCUGGGACACAGGACCAGUGUGACAUACAGGUUACCACAGUUUACCUUCCCUGGGUUUUCCCCGGUACCCAUUUAUCAGCUAGCCUGCAAGGGGGGAGGAACAGCUGGGUGGGAUGCACACUGACUGCCCAGGUUGGGAUUCAAACCCAGGCUUGCAGAUUCGUAGUAAGGCAUGCUAACUACUUCACCAUGGAGCUGCUAUCAGAAUAAAUGAUUGAAGCCCACAGAUUUGGGUCAUCCACAUGAGUUUACAACGCCGAAGCCACAACAAAAUAGUUAGUUCAGCAUGAGAAUAUGUAUCCAUCCUCCUCAAAAUCAGUUUAGGUUCCUCAACUUCAGUCUGGGUGCCAAGUCUUGAUUGCUUCAAUCAAUGUGAAUGGCUGUGAGUUGUCAAAUGACUACUUGACUAGUUUGGUGUAAAUGCAGCCUAAAGGGUGACAAACUGUUAGUUAGGAAAGUAGAGAUGAUUAUACAGUAGGAUGGCAAUAUAAUGUGAAACAGGUACCAAAGAAAUUUGUGCUAAUUCAAAGUUUCAUUUCUUUGGAAUUUGCUAGUUUAGUACUAGAGAGAAACAUGCAAUAGUAAAUGCAUAUUUCUUGACAUACAAAAGUGUAAAGGAUUGAGCAAGGGCCAUCCAAUGCCGAGAAAAGGGGGAAUGAUGAAAUAGGGAUUCUCUGCAGACAAGUUGUUGCUGCUACAUAGUGUGGUUGCUAUAGGCAAUUCAUUGUUGUCAAAAAUACCCCCCCUAAAAGUCCAGCAUGAAAAAAGGAAAAAUGUGUUACGAUACAUAGCCCAAAUGGUAGCAAAUCCACGACCGUGGCCUACACAGGCCCCAUACCAUAACGAGAGUUACCGAGUGCCCAUAGCUGUCAUUUUUGCUUUUGUAAUAACACCAUGCAGUUAUAUGCUACAAAGAAACAAAAACUAUUUCUUGUAGAUGAAAUCACAAAACAGAAAUGGUUUGUUUAUGUUCCGUCAACUGAUGAUCUUGUGGCCCAACCACACGAGUUAACCCCAACACACCUCAAUUUGUGUUGCCACCAAGGAUUUUAGAGCUCUAGAUUCCUUGGUGAAUACCACAUCCCUUAUGUACACACAUACUCAUGCCAGUUAGCAGCCACAUUGCUCUCAGCCCCAGCCAAUCAGGCUCACGACAGACACAGUUUCCUGCCUGCUGCACUCUUAAUGGUGUGACUCAACAUGUCAAUUGAUUUGCCUCACUGUUGGAGUCACAUUAUUAUACAGUAUAUUGAUUUGUGCAGAAAUAAUAAUGUAUUACUUAUUCAGGGUCAUGUUAAAUUGAUAAUAUCAAACCAAUUCACACUAAAUUGACAUACUACUGUAUAUGAAAAAAUAGUCCAAGAAAUAUGGACUGUUUGAAAGAUGUUGCUGGUCAUUCAUUUUGGGUGUGUUACCGAACAGAACAAAACAUCAAAUGGAAAUCACUAAGUUCAGAGGAAUACUAUUACGUAUUUCAACUUGAGUUAAUAUUUAAUAUGAUUUUUAUGAGUAUAUAAUGACAGUUUAACUUGAAUAAUAUAUUUGAUCAUGGUGUCAAAAUAUGGCAAUGGUGAAUUUAGCUGUACAUUCCAAAAGAUUCAGGCUUUCAUUCCAGAAUGGUCUUGGGAGGUUUCAAGCACAAAGUUUUUCUUUUUACUCAUUACAAAAAUAAUUUUAGUAAUUAACAAAGGUAAUACAUCUGUUUUCAUGCUCGAACCAUUGCCAUAAUAUUUCAUACCAUAAGGACUCUGCAUGUGAGAAGUCCAUGAGAUCACGUAGAAUGUGAUUAACAUAAUGGAGAUCACUUAUAUCUCCGAUGGAAGCUAAGUGCAACUUGUUACUGUGAUAAUUUUCUCCAUACAUGUUUUUAGUGUUUGUGUGUGUUGAUUAGUGGGGGACUCCGCAAACUAUGUAAGUAGGAGGCAGCACUGUAUCCAUCUGGCCCCUCGGUGUAAAAGACGUAAAUACAGUACCUCUUGUUUUUGUGGAAGUGUUGUGAGGCAAAGGACUACAAUAUUUCUUCAAAAUAUUUUAAAUAACUAAGAAAAUAUAGCAAGAAAAGAGAGGGUUGCUCACCUUGCUUUAUUUUUUUCAAAAUGAAGUCAUUAUAGGGAAAACCAGGAAACUCCUGUUUAUUCUAGAUGACUUUUUAUCAUGCUGAUGCAAUGGUGAGUAAAAUCAAGCUACUAAUGAUACGUGAUUCAUGCUAAUUCACAAAGUAAGCACAGAUUCAGAAUGUCAGCUUCAUUAAAAAAAAAAAGACAUAAUACUGAAGAUACUAGGUAUCCAUCAGUCGAGAGUAGCCAAUGUUGAGACAUUGCAUGCUAAAAUUUAUUCUGAUUAUUUGUCAAAACUUAAGUUGACAUUGAAAACCUGCGCUUAUAUAAUACAUUUGCAUGGCUCAUAUUACAGAAAGCCUUAUUUUACUCACCCUUGCAUUACCUUGAUAAAAGUAUGUCAAGAAGCUAAUGGAGGUGAUAGGUUUCCUCUAUAACGGCUUAACAUGGCAAGAAUUAAAGCAAGGGUGGCAAUGCUUUCUUUGCUAUAAUUUUAUACAAAAGUUUUGAAUCAUGCUAAUGAAAUUGUGUAGUACUUUGCCUCGCAGUCUUCUUGAAGAAACAAGCGAGAGGUUUUGCAUUUCCAUCUCCUUCAUGCCGAGGGACUGGAUACAAUGCUGCCUUGACCAAAAUUCAGCUUAAAAAGUCCCCCACUGUAUUAAUUAUUUUAACUGGUCAAUUGUUAAUAUAUUAUAUUUUUAUAUGAUUUGUGUAUUAAGUUUUUUAUGUUUGAUUAUCAUAGAAUAGGGAUUAACAAAAAGUGCAGUUCCUUGAUUUCAGUUUUGUGCUGUACAUAUUUAAAAAAGCCAGUACAGUAAACCCUCGCUUUAACAAACCAAUUGGGGGGAAGGGAAUGAUAUUAUAUCUGAAAAUCCAUUAUGUGCGAGGGAUCCAAAAUUUUGGUAUAUAACAAAGGUUAUGUGAGUUGAAAAUUUGCUUUUUCAGACCAAUUCUGUAUAUAACAAACCUUAUUUAUUGUAUUAGAUGGAAGUUUGUGUACUUAUGUACAUGCAGUCAUCACAAAUACUACACCCAUACAGGGAUAUUAAAGCAAUAAUUGCACAUUGGACACUAUGUUAUGCUGGCCAGCCCACCAUUGAAUAUCCCUGCAAUUACUGUAAAGACAAAAAUGUUUGUUAAAGCCAAAAUUUGUUAUGUUGAGGUCCAUAAAAGCGAGGGUUAACUGUGCUACCAGUCAUAAACCAGUGAAGUUCCUCAUUAUGUAUUCGUGUAUUCAUUUCUGAUGCCCACAAAUGUUGCAUGCAGCUUAAGAAAGGUCACCUCCAUUACUGUUGGUAUCAUACUCAUCAUCAUUCUAUUAGUUCCAUUUUCCAUGCUGAAGAAAAUGAGGGUUGGGUUCAGGAUGCUUACAUUGUUGUCAACUACAUAUUUUCCUCUUAUGUAGGUUGGGGUGCUCAACCCCAAAAAUGAGAAAAGACAGCAGUGGAAAGUCGUGUUGUUCAUGUAUCCUGUCAUGUGCCCUAGUAAUGCUGUCAACUCUUGAAUCUACAGACCCCUAUUUUGUGGAUUUUGGAUUUGCUAGUUAAUUCACUAUACGUUCAUUAUCCAUCCAUCUGCAGGAGCUAAUGGUAAUAGGAGACUGUGACCAUAUACAGUACUCUAGGAGUGGCUGUUGGGUGUCUACACACUUCAUUUCCCGGUUAAUAGCAUUAUCAGUUUUUAAACCCAAACUUUGAUUAAUAAAAAGGUCAUAUUUCAUGCAGACAAAGAUGUUACUUUGAUUUGACAGAAGCUUCAAACAGUAUGUCACUACCAAAUCAUUACUUUCUAAUGCUAUUUUGAAACAAUGCAAUCAUUUAUGUGAAAUUUUUAUUCUUGAUAAGACACUACCAGACCUGAUGAUGGUUUUUUGGGAACAGUGGCUUGCAUCAAGCAAAUCCAAAAUCCAAAGAACUGAUCCCUGUACACUGUGUGUAUGUGUGUGUGUGUGUGUUCAUCGUGUGAGUGCAAGCAUGCGUGCGUGCAUGCCACUUUCCAUCCUUUUACAUUGCAACAAAAUUUAAUAUUAAAAGUAAGGGUUACAAGUUUGGGCUAGGAAUCACAUUUUCCACAUGUUUAAGUAGAUUAUCCUGUUAUGCAUUAAAGGUAGAAAGUUGUAUAUUUUUGUUUAUUUAUGUAUAAAUUAUAAUGUUGCCUGUGUCA